AUGAUUACCACGCCCACGAAUGAGUCCCAGGUCAUUGAGAACUUCAUUAAAAAGCUGCUAGCACACCUAGAUGAGUGCAAUGUCGAUAAAUUACAGCUGUUCCCCACGUUGUUUGACCAGCACAGCUGCAAAAUUAUAGUAAAUUCGCAGCCCUUUGCACAACCGGCCGCUUUCAUACAGACUUGGCUACAGCAAGUUGUGGCCACACAACACUCUAUCACUUCGAUCGAUUUUCACACUAUCCCCGGUACUAAUACAGUGAUCUGCAAUGUCAAUUGUAAAGUGCGCUUCGAGGAAAGCGGCAGGGAUCGUUCCGGCGCUGACUCCGCGAUCCUCGUGUCCUCCUCCACGCCCUCUUCACGUAACAAUAUGCAUUCAAAGGGAUCACUACCAUCCCGUAAUCAGCGUAUAUGGGGUAGUUACUACGGUGUAUCGAUACAAAUUGUUUUACACGCAAACAUUUUUACAGACAACCCUCCAGCCGGUGUUAUAGCGGGAUUAAACUAUAACUUUGUCUACAAGCCUGAGGAUUCACUAAUAACCAUAUAG